CCGCCGCGCGCCGCCUCACGGGCCUGGGGGGCGGGAGCGCGGGGCUCGGUGGUUGUGGGUCGUUAGUUAAUUAGAGUGAGGGGGUAAUUAGUAAGUAGAGAGGGUGGAGGUCGUUCCGAAGGGAUUGUGUAAGGGCUCUGGGAGGGCAGGUGCGAGAGCAGCUCCAGGAACGGGUUCAGCCUCUCUGUGACUGGUAUCACAUCAGGAUAACAGCUCAAAAUCCACAUCUGUAGCCAAAAAAAAUUCUCAGUAUAAAGUGGUAUUUUUAAAAUCCGGGUUUGUCAGGAGUAGAAUCCGGUGUCAGAGCUCCAGCACCAUGCAGAGAGCCUCGCGGCUGACAAGGGAGCUCUCGCUCCUGGCUACGGAGCCACCUCCGGGCAUCACCUGCUGGCAGAACGGGCAGCUCGAUGACCUGCGGGCACAAAUUUUAGGAGGUGUGGACACACCAUAUGAGAAAGGAAUAUUCAACCUGGAAAUCAUAGUUCCUGAAAGGUACCCAUUUGAGCCACCAAAGAUACGCUUCCUGACCCCCAUCUACCAUCCCAACAUCGACUCUGCUGGGAGGAUUUGCCUGGAUGUUCUUAAGUUACCCCCGAAGGGUGCAUGGAGGCCUUCCCUGAACAUCUCCACCCUGCUGACCUCCAUCCAGCUGCUGAUGGCAGAGCCCAACCCUGAUGACCCUCUCAUGGCUGACAUUUCCUCGGAGUACAAGUACAACAAGCAGCUGUUCCUGCUCAACGCCAGGGAGUGGACUGAGAAAUACGCAGGGCAGCUGAGAGCUUCCAAGCCUUUGGAAGAGAAAAUCAUCCAAAGUGAAACAAGCGCCAGCAGUGAAUCGACCGCGCAGAAAAGAAAAGGGGUUAACAUCAGCAGGAAGGAGAAGAAAUCCUGCCCAGAUUCCUGAGGGGGGGUUUGUUCUCUUGGGGCUGUCACUGUCCCCUUCCCCUCACACAGGUACAAGGAAAGAGUCUGCCUUUAAAGGGCUGCACCAGCUUUGGGUUUCUGUUCCCUUGCAUGGGGUGGUUUUUUUGGUGAAAAGUUCCAUUAUAUUAAUAAAAUAUAAAGCUUUUA